CCUCCAAUUGAUAAGAUAAUAGAGUUUGGAGUUGUGCCUCGUUUCGUUGAGUUUUUUUAAGAAGGAAGAUGACAUCGAGCUUCAGGUUUGAAGGAAAAAGUUGCCCAUCAUUAAUUGAUUUUUGUAAUGAUUUUGGUUAUUUAAUUUAUCCACUAGUUCUGAUAUUCGAUGAUCGUUAGUUGGAUGCUGCUACCGUUCUAAGAAUCAUUUCUGAAGAGAACACCAAAGUGCUAAUAGAUCACGGUGCUAUUCAAAUCUUUUUCCACCUUCUUGCUACUGCUGCUGCUACUGAUAGGCUUCGUCUCCUUCUUCUCCAUAUGGAGGCUACAAUGGCACUAGGUAAUGUUGCUUGUGCUUCAGUAGAAUCCCGUUACUAUGUUCUACUAUGUCAGCCUUCUGCUCUGUCCACCCUCCGCCUCCCUUUCGCCAGAUGGAACCUGCACUCUCUGCACUUCAGAGAGUUCUUCACAGAAAUGAUGAACAAUUCCUGCACUUUAUUUUCUAUCUCAUAGUCCAAAAGAAUAUAUCCAGAGUUUUAUCGAUGCUGGUCUGUUCAACUUCUCGGAAACGCUUCUCCAUCUGUGAUUCAUCAUGCAUUAGGUACCAUUAUGUAUCUAACUACUGGAGAUAAUCAGCAGACAAAAGUUGUGAUAGAGUGUGGUGUUUUACCUCUUCUUGCCAACCUGCUUACUCAAGACUAUGCUAUAAGAUUCAAAAACAUAAAUAGGGACGCUUGCUGGGCGAUUUCAAACAUCACUGCUGGCAGAGAACAAAUUCAGUCAGUUAUUGAUGCAAACCUGAUUCCAAAGUUGGUCAAUUUGGCUCAAAAUGCUGAAUUUGACAUAAAGGAAAAAGCUGUAAGGGCAAUUUCACAUGCAGCCUUAGGUGGUUCUGAUGAUCAAAUCAAAUACUUGGUGGAGCAGGGUUGCAUAAAGCCUUUAUGUGAUUUCCUGGUAUGUCCAGAAACAGCAGUCAUUUUUAAGUGUCUGUAUGGACUGGAAAACAUUUUGAUGGCCGGAGAAGCAGAGAGGAACAUAGGAGGCGUGAACUAUUACUCUCAGCAGAUUGAAGAUGCGGAAGGGCUAGAAAAGAUUAAGAACCUGAAACAUCACGGAAGCAAUGUGAUCAACAUUAAGGCUAUGCAGAUUCUGGAGACAUACUGGGCAGAAGAUGAUGAUGAGCAGACACAACAAACUCCGAAGUGAUGAUCUCUGGUCUCUCAGUUGUGAGAGAACCAAGUUACAAAUCUUUCUAGCGGAUUUAACUUCAGUUGAAAUGUAUAAUUAGAAAUGUACACCAAAAACAAAAACAAAAAACUUUCAAACUGUUGGAAAAUCUGUAUCUACUUAUGAGUU